CAUGGUAGCAUCUGGCCACACUUGAUUCUUCUCGAAAAAAUAUGUAUACAAAUUAAAAAUAAUAAAAUACAAAUAAUGUAAUUUCACAGUAAAUCAGCAAUAUGAAUAAUUGCAUUUUCGAAUUGGAAUAUGAGUAUGUUGUGUUAAAGAUAAAUGGAAAUGAUAUUAGUCAUUUGCCGAGAUAUGAAGCGGUUCAAAUGUUCCUUCAAACUAAAGAAACCAUUGUAGUCGAAUUGUGCCGGCAGAAGCAAAACGCCUUAGACAUAGAAAUUAAUAUAGAAACUCGCUUGGAAAACAAAGUUGAUAGCAUAUUGCCAUUUGAUCAAAGCGAAUUGGCAACAGUUGAAAAGUUAAAUACAUCACCGACAACCAGUGCCUCACAAAACGUAAAGUCAACUUCGUUGUUGAUUGCCAGCCCCAGCCCUCCAUUAGCACCAGUGUCGCAAGCAAACUCAAAGAACGACAAUCAAAUUAUUUUAACACUUCGUGCAUUAAAUAACGAAGAGUCUGCAGUUCCGCCUGUCGAAGUUUUCUCGGCCGUUUCCGUGUCGAAGGAAACUCAAACUUCAGCCGAAAACCUUAAGGAACAGGAUAUAGUACGCACGAUAGCCGAUCACUUCAUUGAGCAAGAACAUCAUUUGUUUGAACAAUGUCUGGAGCCGGAAAUUGAUAUUGAGGAAAUAACUUUAGUUAAGACGAUUGAUGAUUCAACCACUGAAAAGUUAGGUAUUAAUGUUUGCUGCAAUGGAUAUCAGGCUUCAAAUAUCGACAUUAGCCGAGGGGACGUAAUAUCUGACGAGGCUGAGGCUGAUGCUGAUGCUGAUGCUGAUGCUGAUGUAUGCGAAGAUGUAUUUAUUAGUGAUAUUGAGCCGGAAGGUAUAGCUCAACGCGAUGGACGCCUUAGGCGGGGUGAUCAAAUUCUGCGCAUCAACGGCAUGGACGUUAAAAGCAAGGAAGAAGUUGAAGCUCAGAUCGCAGGGAGUACCUUUGCAGUGACGCUUCUUGUUAGUCGCCUUCUAUAUCCAGAAGACGACGAUGACGAAGACAUUGAGAGUAACUUUGAAUACGCUAAUAGCUUUCUCCGCGAUGAUUACACAAAUGUGGUCGAUAAAUUGGACAAGGUCUUGCUGAGCCAAGUGCAGACCAUAAAGACUCUUAGUGUAACAACCAAUGAACCGGUCAGCAACACCACCAAAAAUUCGUCUCCAACAACCCAACAGAAUUCCGAUCCGAACGUUAACGUUAGAACUUAUGUGCCAAAAGUCAUUCUGGAGACAUCUGAAAAAGCGUGCAGCAAAACAAAGUUUCGCACAGACGAAAACUUGAGCCAUGUAAAAGCGUUAAAUCAAUUCAUGAACAAAAGCUGUCAGUCUCAUCACCCUUAUGAGUAUGAUGAAAGCGAGCAUAUUUAUGAGACCAUUCCUGAAGAUUCGGAAUCAGAACCGUUAUACUGUUCCCCGUAUCAAAGCUCUAACUAUAUGACGGCGAUGGGCUCCUGCUCAUCAGCAACAGCCACAGGCAUAGGUGGAAUAGAAACUGAAGCAAUGGAAACGAAAAUGCAGCAGCAAACUCAACGUGUUGCCCAAUGGCUGGGCCUUAAGUCACAGUGCCACGGCCACGGCAGUUCCAGUCCAAGGACAAUGCACACUCUAGUAGGUCGUCCCGCUGUCCUAAAAUCUACCCAACAGCCUGCGUGCAGUCGUGUGUUCACACUCCGCAGUACAUUAACAAAUACAAGUCGAUCAAGCAGCAGUGGAGCCGCGCACAGUGCAUGUGGACCCAACAACGUCGACAUCGGAGGCCACGCUAUGCUGGGCGAUGAAAUUGACAACUCAUCGAGUGCCUACAACACUGGUGGGUCAAAUAGCGCUUCGCCCCAUCAAAAUCAGAUUUCAAAUGCUGGUGACGAAGCGCCAAUUAGUGCAAACCAAAUUGGCAAAAUGGCUGAGAGCCAGAACCCACCCAUUCUCUCACCAAAAGAAGCGAUUGUAACCACUACUGCGAGCAGUAUGUUGAUGUUACCAUUUGGUAGGUCUGGCCGCAUCGGUCUUUGCUCUUCCAAUUUUCCCUCGACGUAUCUCGGUGAAAGCCCGCCCAAAGCAUGCAACGAGGAGGAAAACCAUCAGCACAAGACUGAUCUCAAAUUAAUGCGGAUAAAGCCAGCAGAGGAGUUGCAAAGUCAUUGUCCCCAAUUUAAUGCACCAAAUCUGAGCCGCUAUCACUUCGUUAGUAGUCAAGAGGUCGCAAAUAAAAGCCACAUUGCAGCCAGCUCAAAACAUAGCUCAAUACUGAUAAGUGAAAAUGGUGAGGAGAUACCCAUGGUUUGGAAAGUGAAGCGUCGUGCGGAUGGAACACGAUACAUUGUAAAGCGGCCAGUACGUAAUCGGGCGCACGUUGCUAUUCGAAAAAAUACGCGCAGUAAUGAGUUUACUACGACAGAGGAUGAUACAGUGUCGGAAGUCAAAAUCGGACGUUAUUGGACUAAGGAGGAACGUAAACGACACAUUGAACGAGCUCGUGAACGGCGCCAUCAUCAGCAGCAGCAGUAGCACCUACAAUCUUAGUUUCACCAUAUACCAUGCAUAUAUGUAUUAACUAAACACUACACAGCUUAUACGAAUACGAGUGUGACAUGAAAAAAGUCGGAAAGAUCUUUUUUGUGUAAUGUGUUUUUGAAAUGAUGGGUUUCAAACGAUAUUGGGCGGAAACUUUAUUAUAAGAAAUCUUAAAUUGUGGUCGUUUAUUGUUGUGCUCUUCAGGAUUGUUCGCGAAGUCAAACAAAUGUAUUUUACCUUAAAGCUACAACGGCAAUAACUUUAAA